ACAAUGCGUGCGCAGUACUUACUUAGUAGCCACUCGUACUCAUAUCGGUAUGAAGUGCUCGUAGCUGAUACAUGAUUUUCGUGUACUCUACAUGGCAGCAGCAAGACUCAAGAAAAGCGGAGAUCCAUGCCAUGUGACGGCAGUCGUCGAAUCACCUGUGUUGGAGCGUUUCCUUGAUUUUCCGCUCCCCAUCAUUCUCCUCCCGGAGCAGCAGUCACUGGACUGAUCUUUCUGGUGACGUUUUGGAGAACAAGUGAGACACACACUCGCAGGUCCAGUGUACUGUUUGCUGACAGUCUGUUGCUGCUGCCAUCCUCCGGCCGAUACGACAGCAGUCCGAACCCCACUGGCUGUUGAAAGCUUUCGGAACUUCCGUGAGUUUGACACAGCGACGACGGCGGAUUUGUGCCUGCCGUGCCGCAAACAGUCAGUGUUUGCCUGUUUGCUGUAACAUAAGACGUGGGUUUCACCUGCCUUGCCUUCUCCCGUUCGUGCAUUGUGGGCUCUCCAACGGGGCUCGUUAAUACGUUAUCUGGUUAUUCACAUACCCGCGUUGCGGUAGCCCGGCAACAUCUGGUCCGCAUCUUGCCCGCUAGCCUGGCCUACUAAAUUAAUUGCCGCAACAAGCUAAUAUCUGAUGGCUGAACGAAGCAGCUCCGACUCCAGUCUGGCGCUAUCGGAGUCCGACCCGACGUCGCCUUGUACGGAUGCAUCGGUCAGCCCUACUGCUGGCCUGGAGCAGGAAUGGCUGCCCAACUACAACACGUACGACGGCAAAAACUUUCCGCCGCUCGUCCGUCCGGAGAAUCUGGACAGUUUGAAGCGGUGUAAAACCAGGAGCGACGAUGUAUUUGUGUGCACCUACUCGAAAAGCGGAACAACUUGGAUGCAGCACAUCGUUCGACUUCUGAAGAACAACGGGCAAACGGAGUCUGACCAGGCCAUUGUCAAUGUCAUACCAUUCCUGGAGGAGUACCAUGUUGACAAUAUCGACCUCUGGACGUCGCCGAGAACUAUGAAAUGCCAUCUGCCGCAUCACAUGGUCCCCCAACCCAGCAGUAUGGAUGAGACAGCAAGCUCGCCCAAAUACAUCUACGCCAUGCGAGAUCCGCGCGACGUCGCCGUCUCAUUGUUCUAUCACACGCGGGCAUUCGAGAAGUACGAGUUCACCGGCGACUGGAAUGACUUCUUUCACAUCUUUCUCAAUGGAAAAGCCGAGUACGGUUCCUGGUUUGAACACGUGUGUGGCUGGUGGCAACGUCGUCACUAUCGCAACGUGUUGGUUGUGUCUUACGAGGAGAUGCAACAGGAUCUGAGGCAGGUGGUGUGCAAGGUAGCGUCUUUUCUCAAUCUCGCCAAUGUGACGGACAGCGUCAUCGACCAAGUCGUAGCAAAGAGCUCGUUCUCGGCGAUGCGAGUGGACAAGACUGCGAAUUACUCCUGGGACGACCAGUAUCGUCGACCGGGCCACGUGCCGUUCUUCCGUAAGGGACAGGUUGGGGACUGGACCAACCACUUCACGGCUGAGCAGGCGCGCGAGUUCGAUGCCGUGUACAGGCGGUUCGCCGAGCGCGUCGGGGACUUCCCGGAGUGCUACUGUAGCGGUGCUGGUGUGGCAACAUCAUGACGCAUGUGUUGCGGGGCUUCACUGCGCUGCGCACGCGUUGCUAAUCUCGGUGUGUCGCGGUGCCGUACGACCGCGUUCUGAAGCUGGACAGAAAGGCGUGCAUCAUCAUUCGGGGAUCGACCCAUGACCGGUGGGGAAUUCCCUGUCGCACGAUAGCCGCGGUCAUCAGUGCUCCGUGUGGGCCACCAUGCGAAUGCAAAGAGCACUGAGAAGCCACAAAACAUGCUCCUUUUGAAGUAGCGGAAGUGGCAAAUUUCAAAAUAGCUUCAAGUAAAAAGAUGCUUUUGGGCGCAACAGUGCUCAAGAUUGCACACCGGAACUACAGCAAGACAAUGGAGCUCUCCCAGAAGUUCAAUAUUGGUACACGUAUUGUCACAAAACGACACUUUUAGUGCUGCAACCACCAUGUUUUAAACCCAUUCAGCCACGUGUGCGCCGAUAUUAUUUCCCGCGUUUGGUCCAUGUCAUUCGAGAAAUUUUCACUUAUUCUCCGGCAAAGAAUUAAUUUAUGAUCUCACUUCCUUUGCACAACGGAUACCACACGAUGUAAGAUUCAUUUUUCUUCUGAAAUUAGAUAAUAGUUAUGGACAUUCACAAGGAUUAGAUUAUUCACUCCCCGCUUUCCUACUGGUAGUACAGAGUGAUAACCAUGGCAACCGUGUGUCGUCGAAUCCUACAAUAAUUAUGCCCGUGUUGUCGUAUACAGUGUAUCAUAAUUUCAUAAAGAUGCUGCAGGUUCAACUCUCUCUCUUUCCUACACCGA